AUGGGUCAGACUAGCCUUCUCGUUGCCAUAGCCUCAGCACUAUUGGGACAAUGCCUGGUCGCAGGUGUAAUCUGCCGCCAUGGAUUCACAAAACUGAACAACGGUUGUUAUUAUUUUGACGGCGUCCACCUCUCCACUUGGACGGAGGCGCAAAGUUACUGUCAAAAUUUUGGCGCCAAACUCGUGAGCGUGGAGAGUCAGGACGAAAAUGCCGCAAUUUUGUCCCACAUGAAGCAGUAUCGAGGAGCCUUCUCUAAACUGGAUUUCUGGACAAGCGGUAACGAUAUUGUCCGCAACGGAAGGUACGAAUGGGCGUCCACCCUUCAGCCCGUGGGCCCUUUCACAGCCUGGGCCAAAGGACAGCCCAGCGGGGGCCCACAGCACUGCUUACACUACCACAACUUUGAAUGGGACGACCAAACUUGUGACGUCAAAAAUAGUUUUAUUUGUGAACAGAAUGACGACUCGGAUGUGUUUGGACGUUAA